AUGCGCAAGUCUUUACGAUGGUUUUGUUUUCCUCUCGGACUCUCCUAUUUUCUUGCCGAAUUUUAUAGAGAACAGAGGAGAACACAAUUCAUCCACUCCUAUCUCGGAUUUAAUAGAGAGGAACAAGAACUGUUGAACAAGAUGAAUUUUCAAGCCUUUGAUACCCGGCGGAUUGAUCGGGAUAUAGUGGAACAGGUUUCUGCGAGCAUCAAGCAACGAUUUCAAGAAGAGGGUCAUGGAAAUAUAUUCGGGAUGGUCAUUCCUCGGAGUUGGACGCUUGUGAUGGGAACAUUGGCUUUUCCUUUUGUAGUGUGUUUGACUCCGUUGCAUGCGUUGAGUUAUCCCAUGAAUGCAUUGACCAAUUAUUUGGUGGUCUCCUCAAACAAUGGAAAAUUCUCAAAAGAUGACAAUCUUAAUAGCGACAACAAUAUGAACACGCCAAACAUGACCUUUGGAGAACAUGUCAUUAAUUAUCUGAAAUUGAUGGAACAGUUGUAUUCGGAAAUUUCUGGACUGCCUCAGUGGUUUUGUGAACGAGUGGUAGAUCAUUGGAAAACCUCUUCCAAAGAAUGGAAAGAGAGAGAAAAUUACAUGUAUUUGAAAUUAGCCAUCACGAAUGGUAUGGACAUUUUCACACAGGAGGAAUUGAAUUCUAUUAACACCCUGCUCGGAGAUGUUGAGGUUUAUGACAAUUUUCAAAAAUACUGUACUCGUUACGAAUCAUUUUCUUCGACCUUCCACACAAGAAGGAGAAGUGUUGUAACGUUUGGCCAUGAAUACAAGUGGUGGGAUAGCCUCUCUUUGGCGAAGAGCGCAUUACUUUGGUAUUGUAAUAAUGACUAUGAAAAGAUGAACAAUUACAGUGAAGAUGAACGUCAACGGGAAAAGAAGAAGAGAAUUCAAUUUGCAUUGGAAAGCUUGGAAAAAGCUCACAUGUUAAUGAAGGAUUUAAUUGGAGAUUCACAGAAACACAAUGAAAAUAUUAGUGAACUCGAACGCAUGGACACUCUACUGGAACAGAAUAUUGAAAUUGUGAAAACACAUUUAGGAAUAGUACAACAGAAGCACUCAUCUUAA